CUCCUUUGCUCCUUCAAAAUGGCCCCGCUCUCGCAUCCGUCGAUCAGAGAUGGCUGGUUCCGCGAGAUCUCCUCUCAAUGGCCUGGCCAGGCCAUGACCCUGAAGGUCAACAAAAUUCUCCACGUUGAGAAAUCACUCUAUCAAGAUGUCCUCGUUUUCGAGUCGGAAACUUAUGGCAAUGUUCUAAUCCUUGACGGCGUCAUUCAAUGUACCGAACGCGACGAAUUUUCCUAUCAGGAGAUGAUCGCCCAUCUUCCUCUUGCUAGUCACCCGAACCCGAAGAAGGUGCUAGUCAUUGGAGGUGGAGAUGGAGGCGUUGUGCGGGAAGUGCUCAAGCAUGACACUGUUGAAGAAGUCGUCCUUUGCGAUAUCGAUGAGGCCGUCGUCCGCGUCUCGAAACAGUUCCUCCCUCACAUGUCCUCCUUGCUUGCCUCCCCAAAAGUUACCGUUUUCAUCGGCGACGGCUUCAAAUUCCUGGCAGACAACGCCUCCACCUACGAUGUCAUCAUCACUGACUCUUCUGACCCUGUCGGCCCUGCUGCGUCGCUAUUCGAGAAGCCGUACUUCCAACUUUUGCACGAUGCCUUGACCCCUGGUGGCCAUAUCUCCACCCAGGCCGAAUGUCUCUGGCUCCACCUCCCGCUCAUCCAGGAGCUCAGAAAAACGACGCGCGAAAUUUUCCCCACUGCUGAGUACGCGUACACCACGAUUCCAACCUAUCCUUCUGGACAGAUUGGCUUCGUCGUCUGCUCAAAGGAGAAGGGCAGGGAUCUCAAGGCCCCUGUUCGUCAAGUCCCGAACACGCGCUACUAUAACUCAGCCGUCCACAUGGCGGCAUUCACUCUCCCUGAGUUUGGGCGCGCUUUGAUUGAAGAAGGCAAGAACAUCAUGCCGAAGUUUGGUCGCGCGGCUCGUGUGGAAGCGCAAUCCGGCAAACCUAAGAAGAAGGUCCUUCUACUUGGUAGCGGUUUUGUUGCUCGACCUUGCGCUGAGUAUGUCGUGCGCGACCCUUUGAAUGAGUUGACUGUUGCUUGCAGGACGCUCGAGAAGGCUCGUGCCUUGACGGAGGGGCUUCCUGGAACAUCUGCCGUUUCCUUAGACGUAAACUCAACGACUGACCUCGAGCGUGUAGUCGCAGACCACGAUCUUGUUAUCUCCCUCAUCCCCUACACGUACCACGCCGCCGUGAUCAAGGCAGCGAUCAAGGGCAAGACGCACGUCGUCACGACUAGCUACGUCUCGCCUGCGAUCCGGGAGCUUGACGAAGAGGCUAAGAAAGCUGGGAUUGUCGUAAUGAAUGAGAUCGGGCUCGACCCUGGGAUCGAUCACUUGUACGCUGUCAAGACGAUCGGUGAGGUUCAUGAAAAGGGUGGCAAGAUCAAGCAGUUCCUUUCGUACUGUGGCGGUCUCCCCGCGCCGGAAUGUGCUGACAAUCCCCUGGGAUAUAAGUUCUCUUGGUCUUCCCGAGGUGUGCUCCUUGCUCUGCUCAACUCGGCAUCCUUCCUCUCCGGCGGCGCGCAGCGCGAUGUUGAGGGCGGCAAGGACCUCAUGACUCUGUCCAAACCUUACUACAUCUCCCCUGCAUUUGCGUUCGUUGGAUAUCCCAACAGGAACUCUGUUCCUUUUAGAGAGUGGUACAACAUUCCGGAGGCGGAGACUGUUCUGCGCGGCACCCUCAGAUAUCAGGGUUUCCCGGAGUUCAUCGCAGCACUGGUUAAACUUGGCUGGUUGGAUGCUGAACCGAAGUCUUGGCUGGGCGAUAACACGAAGUUGAGCUGGGCCGAGGUGAUGCAAAAAACGAUCGGUGCCAACGAAGCGUCUGAAAGUUCGCUCGUUGCACACAUCAAGUCCAUCUGCAACUUCCCAGAUCAGUCGGAGAGUACGCGCAUCAUAUCUGGGUUACGUUGGAUCGGCCUUUUCUCUUCCAAACCUGUUGUGCCUCGCGCCAGCAACUUGCUCGAUACACUCUGUGCUCAGCUCGAGACUUUGAUGAAGUACGAGGAGGGCCAGCGUGACCUUGUCAUGCUGCAGCACAAGUUCGUCGUCGAGUGGAAGGAUGGGUCCGAGCAAAUCCUCACGUCGACCCUUGAGGCGUACGGUGCGCCAGGCGGUCACUCUGCCAUGGCACUCACCGUCGGUCUCCCGUGUGGCAUCGCCACGCAGCUCGUGCUGGACGGCGUUCUCAGCGCGCCAGGUGUCCAGGUGCCGUACACAAAGGAGAUUUGCGAUCCUAUUCGGGAGAUACUGGAAAAGGAGGGGCUUGGGCUCGUUGAGCGAGUGCUGUAAGAUGAAGACCAACAGAGUCAAAGGAGGGAAUCGAAGGUGAUGCAAGUGUAUCUGAGGCCUGUCAUGUGUGCAUUACUUAUAGUAUAGAUGUUCCUUUUUGCGCCCUUUG